UUUUAUUUAAAAAUAGUUUUGAAAAUGAGUAGUAAAAGAGAUAGACAUCGAAAAUUUACUGCACAGUUUACAGAACAAGAUGCCAACGUAGCAGCCAAAGUUCAGGAGGGCAUGGAUAAGAAAGGAGAGAGAAAGGAUGGUGGAGGAGAAAGACCAGCAGGGGUGAAGGAAGAGAGGAGGGAAGAUAAGCGGAAUUGGGGGUUGAAGGAAGAGAAGAAGGGAAGUGGAGAAGGAGAUAACGUCUUCUUCAAUACCUCGUCCAGGAAAUAUUCAGAAUUUGAUCGUAAGGAAGAUGGGGAAUUGAAGUUAAAAGGUGCGGAUCUACUUCAGAGACAGAGUGAACGUCCGAAACUUAAGAAGAAAAUGUCUGCAGACCCUUCAGGGAAGAGAAGAGGAUCUAUGAGGAAGAAUGUAUUUGACGGUUCUCUCUUUACAGAUAAUUUAGCACUAGGAGAUUCUUUAUUUAUGCCAAAUAAGUUAAACAGGAAUAAAAGUAGCAUGCCAAGGAAUGAAAUGCAAUUUGAUGUUUCCUCUUCAGAGAUUUCAGAUCCUGAGAUUAAGCAGCUAAAGAGAAGAGCUGUUAUAUGUUGUAAGUAUACAACAGAGUGAAUGCUGAUAAUUGGCAUCCUCGGAGCCUCGGCCAUAGAUUUCAAUGUACUCUCCCUUAUGUAUUUCUUAGGAGGACUUCUUAUGCUUUUAGAGAGAAUAAAUUUAUCAAUAAAAAGCAAGAAUGAAGGACAAGAAGCCAUUACAAAUGCCUUUUUGAUUUCUGUACCAGUGCUCCUAAUGUAUAAAAUGAUCUCUUGAUUGUUCAUCUAUGUUGAUUUCACUAAGUACCAGAUUAUAUAUGACACUAAGCACUUUCUUGAGAAGAAUGUCCUGUUUCUAAAUUUCCAUAGUGUAUCCAUUUAUUCUGGAGUAGUUUUUAUUAAAGAGAAUACGUUCAUUAAUCUAAUAAUCACCAUAAUCCCAGAGGUAUUUAUUGGUAUCUUUCUAAUUGCUUUGAAUUUUGUCUCUAGUGAAACUUUGGAGCCACAGUACUUAAACAGACAUGAUUUUAUUGAAGAGAAAAGACUAGCUUUGGGAUCAACUAGUUUUUCCAUUUUGUUCAUAUUGAGCAUUGAAUACCUCUCUGUGGUGAAUAUUUCAUAUAUUGGAGUCUUCUUCCAAUUUGUAGUCUUGUACGCUGUAUGAAUAUUUGCGUUUAAAUAAGGAUAAUAGGCUGCGCUACAUUGACUUUGUGUGUGCAUUCUCGAUGUUCUUGUGAGCAUUCCAGCUGAUACUGCUAUUUUUGAAUAAAAUAGAACUCAUCCCAAAGAAAGAGGUUGAAUUCAUCUACUUUUUCAUUGGUGCCCACCAAGAUAAGUCAAAAAUCAAUACUUUUAUGCAUGCAACAGGUGCUCUUUGUGUGAUUGUGUUUGGGAUAAUUUAUCUCAGAGCGAGGAGGAUAGACUAUAUGAAGGAGAUUUCUCAGCCACCAGAUUCACCAGUAAUGCCUUCUGAAGGGAUCCCCUAUAAUUUAAAAAUAAAUGAGAGGAACAAUUCUCCUUUCCUACCUGAGAAGGAUGAAUAUCUUGAUGAAACUGAGGACGAAAAAGAACAGCUUUUUGUCUGGAGAAUCUACGAUAAGAUUAUCAACGCUUUCACAUCUGAAUUUGUCGUUCUCAAUUUAUGAAGGCUUGGCUUAUGUUUUUGGAUUCUCCGCUACAACUGCAUCGAGUCAAUUUUUGUUGUGAUUUUCCUGUUCCACUCAACUCUUGUGAAGAGUAUGAUUGUCUUCCUUCCUUUUGUUAAAUACAUAUACAUGCCAUACAUGUGAGUGAAUGUUAUAGUCUUCUAUAUCAUAAAUAUCCUGUAUUCGAAGCAAGGCCAUUACAACACUAAUAUUCAUAAUGUAAAAUAUGGUAUUAUUGUAUUUGAAACCCCAAUAAUAGAGUUCCCUCUGAUGUUGUUUGUCCUCCUUCUGGUGGCUCUACUAAUCAAGAAAAUGUCUAGUAUUAGUGAGGUUCUUUCAGUAGAGGAUGAACGCAUGCUGAUCCAGAAGAAGAAAGCUAAAACUCUCAAAGAUAUGCAGAACAGGAAUACUAUUCUAUCAGCAAUUUACUACCUGUUUUACUUGAGUAUUGAAGUUCUGCUGCUGUUUAUCCUACUCAUUAACGUUGUUUCAAAAGUCAACUUGUCAAACUUCUGAUUGAAUCUGUAUUUGGUGAUGUAUCUAAUUUAUCCUUCAUUAGCGAGGAAACAUAUCAGGAAAUUCUUAUUUGUUGUCGAGGGGUUUAACUUGGUCAAUUAUGUCUAUGCCAUCUUCAUAGCUUCGUCUGAUGGAAGCUUCUUUGUUGGAGAGGUAGGAAAUUUUAUCGGAAUUGAUAGUUAUGAUGUAUACACGAGAAAGUAUUUCAAUACUAUUCCAACCUUGAGGAUUGUAGCUCUCAUUAUUGUAGCCAUGACUGUUUGGAACACCCUCCCAACUGAUGUUAAUGAAGAUAUUGGAGAGCAAAGUGAUUUUGAAGGAAAGCUUUACAAAACUUUGUAUAGCUACAGCAGAUGAUUUACGGAAUCCAUCUAUCUGUUUAUCAGUGUUAUAAAAAAACUGACUAUAUGGAUCUGAUAUGCUCUAAUUUUUUUUAUACUAAUUGUUAAUGAUUUAUCGAUUAAGAACUGGGUGGCUGCCAUACUGAUAGCAUUUAUAAUCUAUAAACAUCUAAGUUCAAGAGUAUAUUAUCUGAACUAUUUUGCAACCUAUGCAGGCUUCAUGUUUAUCACCACCUGGAUGUUCCAGUUCUUGAAAUUUGAUAUUAUUACAGAUAUUUUCGAGCUUGAAGAUAUUAACCAUUUACCCUUUCAUGGUGAAAUCUGGGGCUAUACUGUUUUAAGUGAGAAACAAUUAUUUUUCAGAGUUGUAGCUUUAUCAGGAAUGCUUGUUCUCUCUGUCAUUGGAUACAGGGCAAUAAUUGCUCAAAACCAACAAAUACCUUUAUUUUUAAAUCUAGAUGACACUGAAAGUAUCAAGGAAAUGGAUGAGAGUGUUUUAUACAAAACUGUUUUGGAGAAAAGAGAGAAAAUAUUUUGGAGCACAACAUCUAUAUUCUUGCCAAUAAUUAACUUCAUAGCUGCAUUUUUCCAUAUUCCAGUGAUACUUGUCAUAAUGUGGCAAGCACUCUAUUGGAGACUAAGCUGGAUGAUGAUAUUGUUAAUCUUCUUUGCUAUUGGGCCUUGGUACACCCUUGAUAUAGAUCUCCUCCAAACUAAAAAUAAAGGGAAAGAUCGCUCUCUGCUCUACUAUAGCAACAUUUUAGUGAGAGAGCAAAGACAUAAAAAGUGGAGGGCACUAAUCUUGCUAUGCUUGUUAUCAUGGAUAAUUAUUUUCCCUAGCAACAAACUUAUGCAACUGUUGAACAUCAAACAUCGGACACAAGCAAUCUUCUAUGGAGAAUGGUCUGGCUUGCUCUACCCAGGGACUAAUGAAAAUUUUAUAUUUUCAAACUAUGUAUCUGGCUACAUGAUAAUCCUCUGAGUUCUGGUCAUUGAGAAGAAAUUUCUUGAGUGGCUUGAAAAUGAAAAUUCUAGAGCUGAAAAUUCAGGUAAUGACCAAUCAGCCAACGAUACUGAGAGCCAUGCCAUGUAUAAAGUUCUUAAGAAAGAAAUUGAUAGAAGAGAGAAGCAACAAAAAUUAAAGGAAAAAGGCAAGAAGAAAAGCACAGUAGCUGCUUCCGAAGGGAUUGAUGAUGACACAAAAACUGAGGUCAAACAGCAGCUCAAAAAAGUUAUCGAUGGAGAACAAACAACUAUAAAAAGGAAGAAGAGUGAUACUAAAAGUCCUAAGAAGUCAAUCCUUAGCUCUAUUUUGAAAAAGAGUUCUCUGAAAACCCCUGAAUAUCCUGAACCCAAAGAGGAGACUAAGAUAGAAACUUUAUCACCUGGUCAUCGAUCAUUGGAUGAAUCUGAUGAUCAACUUGAAAAAGAGAGGGAAGCAGAUGAUAGUGAGUUUAAUCUCUUCUUCACAGAGAAUAAUCCUCACAGAAUGGAAAACAAAAGAUUGCUAUUGUUCCAAUAUAAAAUCAAAUUUAUGAGAGGAGCUAAGAUUUUUAUUGAAGAAUCUAUGACCUUUGCACUGAUGAUCUGAGCUCUUUAUAAAGACAACAUACUCAGCUUGAUGUAUUACUGGAUGGCUAUAAAAAUGAUUUUGGAGAAAGUUGAUAUGCACUACAGAAUGAAAGCUAUCACUUAUGUAAGCAUAUUCACUUUGGUGCAGUACUUUUUAUGUCUUACAAAUUGGAACAAGAAUAAUAGUCCGCAACCAUUACCAAUACCAUUUAACCCGGAUAUUAGAGGAGAGCAUGAAUAUAAAGAUUACAUCUCCCCUCCAUUAGACCUCCCCUGGGUUGAUCAAAUGGGUAUAACUGACAUCUGGAAGAAAUAUCUCAUGAUAGAUAAAAAUUCAGACAUUUUGCAUUCUCUGAUGAUUGAGACGAUUUUACUGUGUAUUGGAGCUAUUUAUUUCUACACAUUCAGUCCUUAUCUCUACAACAUCAAGAAGAAAGAAUUUAAGAAUAUUCUCAAACUCAAGGCAGAUGUAGGAAAGGAUAGAGUAUUCUUGGACUAUGUCCAAAGCUCAAGUAUAUUCGCUACUGUUUACAAAGGAAUGAAAUCAACUCUAUAUAACACAUGACAUAUCUUCUUAAUUUUGAUCCUACUGAUCCUCACCAGUCAAAAUUCAGGAGUUCUCGCUAUUGGCUACUUGAUAUUUGCCCUAUUCUAUUUAUACAAAUCUCUAGAUCUCCUGAUGGAUAAGUAUUGGGAUUACCCAGCAGGAAUUCAAAAAUUUAAGUACUUCAUAAUAUCUGACUGAACAUUAUGAAUCUUUUAUCAGCUCCCUUUCUUCUACCUACAUUACAGAGAGAACUACUUCAAUUCCUUGCAGGCAUUCAUCGGUCUUGAGAGUUUCUGGAUUGAGUAUAGCCAGUCAUGGAACACCAGAGCUUUAGUUUGAAUGCUAUUGAAAUUUCUAGCGCUGUGAUUUAUACAUCUGCAAGGAAAACUAUUCAGCACUAAUGAUUAUUCAGUCCAUAGACAAACUCUUUCAAAAAAGUCUUUUACUAGGAACAAAGCUAGAUGAAUGGCAUAUCUGCAUAAUAACAAAAAGAUCAAGAAGGAGAGAGAGAUUCAAAUCAUUAAGAGAAGCAUGAAGCUAAAGCUCGAACUUGUCCAAGAACAGCUCAGAGGCACUAAAUUCGGUCAAAUUGCAGAAGGAGGUUUUGGAUUUGGAGAAACUGCUCCUCCUGUUCAUACUAAACAAGGUCCCAACCUUUUAGUUAAUGAUUCAAGUGAUAGUGACAAUGGGAUGAUGGGAGUUCCUCAGUUGAGAAAUGCAGUCUCCUCUUAUGACCCAGAACUAAUGCAGAAGGAAGAAAAGAAACUUAAAAGGAAACUUCAAGAAUUGGAGAAAAAUGAACAAGGACUGGAGUUGUUCCAAGAGUUUACAGAGGCAGAGCAGAAAGAACUUUCAAAAUUUGAUAUCCUGACAAAGAUUUUCCUAUUUCUUCGAAGAAACAUCACGAAUCCAAUAAUCUCAUGAGAUGAAGUUGAUAUACAAUAUGCAGUCAAAGAUUUUCAGGCAGGAGCUCUCCAUUGUCAAAACAGAAUCGAAAGGAUAGGGAAGAAACUUGUCAAGAGUGCUAGAGAAAAGAAAGUCUUAAAAGGUCUCACAGAGAGGAAGACGAUGAUAUUUAAUAUUUUCUCGACCUUCAUUUAUUUCUUGGCUUCAAAUACAGCGGCUAUUUCAUAUAUGUUUAUGUUUCUAAACUGAAUGUGCACAGGAAAUCUAAUAUCUUUAUUCUAUCCAUUAUCUGUCUUGCUGUAUGCAUUGAUUGAAGAUCCGAGGCCCCGAAGCAAAUACUGGAGCAUAUAAUUUUGAUAUAUGCUGAAAUUGUGAUCUUGUUCAAAUUCCUGAUCCAACAAAAUGCGCUGACAGUCCUCACUCCAGGAACUCUAUUCGUGGAGAUUAUUGACAAAUUCAAAAUAGGUUUCAGAGUUUUUGACAAGAAAGAAUACGCCAAAGGAAUUUUUGGUUUUAUAAUCUGGGAUAUCCUUGUUGCUCUCUCUGUUGUACUACACCAACACUUCCUCGUCUUAAUUGGCCUUUGGAAAAAGAGAGAAUGCGAUUUUGAGAGUGUUAGCGAAGGAAGAAAAAGAUUACUUUUUCAAGAGAGGAGAGCUAAAUACGAGAAAAAUUUGAAAAAUACGACUAAAGUUCCUUCAACUAUUGUGGAAGAUGAUAAGGAAGAUGAUAAGGAAGAUGAUAAGGAAGAAGUUAAGGAAGAAGUUAAGGAAGAAAAUAAUAUAAAACCUAAGAAAAUUAGAUUCGCAAACAUCUCCUCUUCUGAUGAUGGUCCUAGCUCAGAGAUUAGUCCAAAAGCUAGGAAGAAGCUUAGAGAAUUCGGCAAAGAGGUAUCAAUGACUACACCCAAGAUUAAAGCUAUUAAAGAUUCUGAUGUGAAGGUAAUGAAACCUCUUAGGUACACAUCUAGCAAGAACUUCUCAUAUAGUAAACUUUCUGAUGACACUUCCGAAAUAGAAGAAUAUAAAGAGCACUUAUCACCUAACUAUUUUAUUCAUGAAUGAGAUUCAGAUAACGAUGCAGGUAGUAUCAAAAGUUGAAAUGCGAGAAUGCAAUACCCAACUAAUGACAAGUAUUCAGAUAUUGAACUUGACCCAAAGAACAACAGUGAGGAAGAUCUGAAGUAUUACCGUGAGAUUGAUGAUGAAGGAAUUCAUGGCAUUCAAAAUGCCCUUACUAUCGAUCACAUCGAGGAAAAUCCAGAAAUAUACAAACAAAAGAGGAAAAAGGGCCUACAAUCUUUGAUUCUUGAUAAUGACUUUAUAAGAAGGGUUUUCCCUGCUUCUAAAAAUGAGAAGCCCGGCUAUGAUUUGUAUAACUUCGGAGUAAUCUUCCAAUUCCUUGUUGUUAUCUACAUCCUUUUCUUCUUCUCACAAAUGACUGGAGAGGAUGAGGAGUUAUCAGAGACCUUUAAGUUCAAGAGAUUUAGGACUGAAAUGAUCUUCUUCAUGUUUAUUCAAAUAAUGCUGAUCUUACUUGACAGGUUCUUCUACAUUAGUAAUACUUUUGAUCAGAUCGAGUCUGAUAGCGAUGAGUCAGGUUCUGAAGAAAUAAAUGUUCUGAACAGUGAGAAUAGGCAUAACUUACUCAAACUACUCAUUUACUAUGUCUUGGUCGUCUUUGUGCAUGCUACUGUAGUCUGGUACUUUCCUCUAACAGGAAAUUAUAAAAUCAGUGAGCAGAUUUAUUGAGACUCAAACGGUCCUUGUAAUGACCUACAAAACAACAUAUUCUUGUGGGGUUUCUACAUUCUUUAUCUUGGAUAUUUCUGUAUGACAGCAUUUCAGUUCAGAUAUGGGCUUCCAGAAAUACGGAAGGGUCACUUUAUGUACGAAAGAGUGUCUUUCUUUAACACUCAAGCAUUUAGAUCUUUCUUCUGGAUUCCAUUCCUAUUUGAAGUGAAAACAUUUAUUGACUGGACUUUUACCAGAACAUCGCUCAAAAUAUGGAAAUGGUUCACAUUCGAAACAAUUUAUUCUGAAUUUUAUCAAGCAAAAAUAGCUCAAGAAAAGUGUAAAAAUAGGAAAAUUGGAAAACUCGAAAGUUGGUUUGAAAAGUUAACACUAGGAAUUCCUGGAAUCUUGUUUUGCCUUGGGCUUAUUUUGGCUCCGCUUAUUAUAUUCAGUUCCCUCAAUCCAAUAGCAGAGCUUAACUUGGUUAAAGGAGCAGGGAUAAAACUUGAUAUUGAGAUAGAAGAAGGAAAAACACUAUAUAAUCUGUUCGCAACUACAGUAGCUAACGAGAUCAGGAACUUGACUGAGGAAGAAUUUGAUUUGUUAAAUUUCAGAAAGUACAAAGAACUUAGGAUUUCAGAUCAUUCGCUUUACCAAAGAGUUGAAAUGCUUCCUUACUCAGAUAGAAUUUGGAACCUAAGCCCUCCUGCUAUUAGAAAGAUGAAGGAGUAUUUUGAAAAGGCAAUGAAAACAAACUCCAGUGAGGCUGCCAUUGCUCUAGAGUAUAGCUUCAACAGAAAGUAUCCUUCAGGACCAACAAAGUUAUAUUACAAGAAGCGUAUAAUGGACUUAGAUAAUUAUCCUGAGAUCUUUAAGAACUUCUAUGAAGCAUUAAAUUCUACUCAAUGAAAGUCUGUGUAUAUCAAGUUGGAUAAAUUUUAUCCGAGUGUGAUCCAUUUGACGAAUGAAGUUGAGCCAGAAAUAAUCCCGAUCAAAUUUAAGACAAUUAACAUUAAGAUAUUCUGAACCAACGAUCCUCUGAUCGUCGGUAGUACAGUUAAGUACUGGACCAUGUCUAUUGAAGAUGAUCUUGAUAUUGCAAGACGCAAAUAAGGAACAAGAAAAUAAUUCUGAACCUAAAUUAUCGAUUAACUUACCGUCAGAUGUAAUUGAUGAUGAUGAUGAUGAAGACUUUAAUGAAGGAAAUAGUGAGAAAAUGGGUAUCUUUGAUUAUGAGCCAAGCAAUAAUCAGCAGAUUAUUGAGUCUGGUGCAAAGGAUUCUGAUUAUGGCGUAAAAUCCAAUGAACAUUCAUUGAUAUCAAAGAGUGAGAAUAAAGAAGAAAUUGAUGAAAACCAAAAUGGAGAAUCAAAAGAUGAUAAUAAGAAAGAUAUGAAGCCUAAAGCAAAAGUCGAUGAAUCAGCCACAAUUUCAUCUGAAUAUGUUUCCCAAAAAUCUCCAAUUAUCGCUGAAGCUCCAUCUACAACCCACUCCUCAAACCCAUCUCUCCCACUAAACACGACCCUCUCUUCCUUCUCCCCACCUCUAAACACCUCUAUCUCCCCUCCUAACACCACUUCAGUCUCCUCUGAGAUUCCUUCCAGCCCAAAACCCACUAACAGAAAUAUCAAAAAGCCUGUCAACCUUGACCAGACACUCUCUAGUUCCUCUCAGAGUCCUCUUCGUGAUCUCCACCAAGCAGGUGAAGAGACCAACAUUAGUGAAGGCCCCAAGAUCAUGAAGAUCACUGAGACCAAAGUCACCCCUAAAGAAGACCUCAUGAGGCUUAACCUCAACUACACUAAGAGUGAGGCCAAGGAGAAGGAGAAGACAGAUAUUGACCAAAAACAAAACCAGAGCAAUAGCGACAGUGCAUUGGGAGGCAAAGAACAAACAGAAGUUGAGCAAGUACAAGUUCAAGCGGGGAAUGUUGAUGAGAAAGAUGAUGUCAUUCAAGAGAGAGUCAAUGAGAAUGCAGAGGAAGAAAUAGAGGAGCAGACUAGGGAAGAUGAGAGUGAGGAUAGAUAUGAGCAGGAAAAAGCACCUUAUGUUUUAGACCUAAAUAUACCAAUGAUUGAUAAGGCACCCAUAUUCAACCCUUCUCAGAUUAUUGCUGGUGAGUCUGAGCUUAGGGAGAAAAUUUUGAAUAGACACAAUGGAGAUGAAACUAAGCAAAACCUGGCAGAUCAUAAAGAAACUAUAAGCCUUACUCACGCAGAUCAAAUUUCUAAUGAGCCGGAACAGGCUGCUCUGGUGCCAACCCCAUAUGCACCAGAGGGGUUAUCAGAUUCCAAAGAAAUGAGUGAGGGGAAAUUUGGGGAAGAAGCUCACCAGAGCAAACAAGUGAAAGAUGAGGCUGAUAGUGCUAAACAAAUGGGACUUGUAAUUUAUACCUUCAGUGACAAGAUCACACCAGGACUACUCCAAUACUCAGUGAUCACAUUCUAUGUCUCUGUAGUCUUUGUUGCUAGUAGAGUUUUGAGAGGAUAUCUCUGGAUUAACACUUCCAAAAUUUAUCUAUCAAACCUUCCAUACCCGGAUGAACUAUUGAUUAUCUGAGAAGGUGUGGUUAUCUCCAGAAUGCAGAAGGAUAUUUAUCGAGAAGAAGAACUAUACUUGGUGUUAAUAGACUUAAUCCGAUCGCCUGAGAUUCUUAAGACGAUCACUCAUCCUCAUUUGAAGCCAAAGACAGAUUAAAUUGACCAGUGUUUUGUGUAUAAAUACUUGAAUCCUAUCA